UUUGCCGUUUUGGUAUUUAAUUUAGGUUUAUUUAUUGUUAACAGUUUCAGCGACGUGUUGGUUAUUCCAUUAUUUCAACUCUAAUUCACCAACAAUAAUUAAUAAUAAUAAUAAUUGAACUGUCAUCAUGUCGUGGCAUAUCUUCAUGAAGCAGAAAUCCUGAAAGCAUUAUUGGAUUGAAGUUUAAGAGAUCACUAUGGAAAUGCCUGAAUCAACGACGGAGAAGAACGGGAGGCAGCGCAAGCAUUAUUCUUCUUGGAAUAUGAAAAUGAACGAACGCAAGCAUGCAGCAGAUUUGGAAAUUGAGAGUGUAACACUGUUACAGGGCUCCAAUAAUGAAGUUGGACAUUCCGUUCCCAAAGUGUGCUAUGGGCUUAAAGAUGAACUGGGAAAUGUCUGUUUACUGCUCUUCCUUUAUGUCCUUCAAGGGAUUCCAUUAGGUUUGGCUGGGAGCAUCCCUCUUAUACUCCAGAGCAAGAAUGUCAGCUACACGGACCAGGCUUUCUUCAGCUUUGUGUUUUGGCCUUUCAGUCUCAAGCUGCUCUGGGCGCCUUUGGUGGAUUCUAUAUAUUUGCAACGGUUUGGACGGAGGAAAUCCUGGCUAGUGCCAACCCAGUAUCUCUUGGGACUGUUCAUGUUGUAUUUAUCAUAUACAGUAGACUCCUUACUGGAGAACGAUGGGCAAAAAGGCCCUGAUAUUGUGACUCUCACUGCUGUGUUUUUCCUGUUUGAAUUCUUGGCUGCCACACAAGAUAUAGCAGUGGAUGGAUGGGCAUUGACUAUGUUGUCUAGGGAAAAUGUAGGUUACGCCUCAACCUGCAACUCAGUCGGUCAGACUGCAGGAUACUUUCUAGGCAAUGUACUCUUCUUGGCAUUGGAGUCACCUAAUUUCUGUAACAAAUACCUGCGUUUUGAACCACAGGCCAAAGGAAUAGUCACUCUUUCAGAUUUCUUGUUUUUCUGGGGUAUUGUUUUCUUGGUGACUACAACAUUAGUUGCAAUAUUGAAAAAGGAGAACUGUAAAAAAUCCAAACCCAGUGAAGAAACCCAAGGUGUUAUGGAAACAUACAAACUACUCUUUUCAAUUAUCAAGUUGCCAACUGUUUGGACGUUUUGUGUUCUGCUACUCACUGCUAAAAUGGGAUUUUCUGCAGCAGAUGCUGUAACUGGACUUAAAUUAGUUGAAGAAGGGGUGCCUAAAGAACAACUGGCUUUGCUGGCCGUGCCUAUGGUACCUUUGCAGAUCUUAUUGCCUCUGAUUAUUAGCAAGUAUACUGCUGGCCCUCGACCGCUAGACAUCUUUUACAAAGCCUUCCCAUUCAGACUGCUGAUAGGGUUGGAGUUUGCAUUGCUGGUUUGGUGGACUCCGAGUGUAAAACAAGAUGGAGGAUUUCCUGUAUAUUACUAUAUAGCCGUGCUGCUAAGUUAUGCUGUUCACCAGGUUUCCUUGUAUAGCAUGUAUGUAGCUGUCAUGGCUUUUCACGCUAAAGUAAGUGAUCCGCUUAUUGGAGGAACAUACAUGACUCUCUUAAAUACUGUAACCAAUCUCGGAGGUAACUGGCCUUCCACAUUGGCUCUGUGGCUGGUGGAUCCACUCACCUUGAAGGAGUGUAAAGGAGCUGAAGGGCAAACCUGUGGAUCUGCAGAAGAAGUUGGGUUAUGCACAAAACUCGGAGGCGCCUGUGUGACAACAUUCGAUGGCUAUUACGUGGAGUCUGUAGUCUGUGUUCUUAUUGGUUUCGGCUGGUGGUUCUGGCUUGGAAAGAAGAUGCGGAAGCUGCAGGAGGAAAAUCCAUCUGCAUGGCAAUGCAGGAGAAGCAAAUAAAAGCCAUAAAUAGACACCAGAUCUAUGAUUUCUUUCAAGCUUUCAUCUGGUGGUGCUAAUGGGAUGCAAUGGAGCAUUACUAUUCUUGGUUUAAAUGGUACUGACUCCGAGAUCUAUGGAACUUAGUAUUCCUUCGCCACAAAAACAUUAUUUGCGUAGUUUUGGGAUGACAUACAAAGAUGUAAAUCUACAAGUAUAAUUUCAGUUUUAUUAUUCGAUAUGUAGAUUUUGUUUUAAAUGUAUUUUAAGUCACAUCUACUUCAGACAGCUUUGUAAAGGGACUAACUAAAUGUGGUUUCUUUGAAUAGUUGAAUUGUAUAUAAGGAAAUUUACCCAUAAGGAUUCAUCAGACUGGUCACUAUAGAUCGGUCAUCUUUUUAAGAUACGAUUGACUGGGCAAAGGCCCCAAGUAAAUGGGGUUGCUUUGAACAGUUGAAUUUUUUUUUUGUAAUAGUGUACUAUGAUGCCCUCUGGGUAUGUCAGGAAAAUACAUACCUCCCAGGAUUUAUAUAGCACAAUUAGCUGGUCCCUGUGACUGACCUUCCCAGCUUGUAAAAUAGCAUCUCCUUACAAUUGCUCCAGACCAGAUCCACAUGAGCCCUUCAGUACUUCAGACAAUCAGGUGUCGGAUAAUUCAGUCACUGUGACAGGCAUUCAGAGUAUGCUGAAUACCUUUUUGUAUCUAACAUCAAUGCAAAGUUUGAUCAGGUGGUUCUGCAAGAACUUUUACUAGAUCACCACGACCUAUCUUCUGAUACCAUCCAGAACCCCUGUUCUCCCUAACUUACAUCACCACGGUUCAGAAGAGAUUACUACAUACUUCUACAGUAUACAGACAAUCUCCUCCCGUCACAGGUGAUGAUCACUAUGCUGGCGUGCAGUACUAUCGUUUAUCAAACCCCAAACUAAAAUAUAAUCUAGUCUAUUUGUGCAUUAUUACCGGUGCCUUUUUUUAACCCUUUGAAUGGCCUACUUUAAAUAAAGACCAAAUAAACUAUAUAAAUGUA